AUGAUAGAUUCUAAAAAAAGGAAUAAGAGUAGACAAAAAAAAAAUGAUGAAAUAGAAAAUGUGGAUAAUCCACAUAAGGAGGAAAUUACUAAGAGAACUAAGAAAGAAGAUAAAUCAACACAAUAUGAUAUUAGUUUUAAUCAAAAUAUGGAUAUAUUUAUAAAUGAAGGAUAUUAUGUGCAAAGUUGUAUUAUUAAAGAAUUAGAAAGUCAUUUUAAUGAUAAAGAAGGGAUAACCAAUGUAUAUUAUAUAUAUGAAGAAUUAAAAAUAAAUAAAAACAUUAGUACUAAGGUAUAUUUCUAUACAUGGUUUUAUUAUUUUGAAAAUAUGAUAUUAAAGCUAGACAAUUUUUUAGAUAUGAUAUUAAAUUAUUCUUAUUACUUAUUGAACGAUUCAUGUAAUAAAGAACGCAUCUUCUUUUUAAUUGAGACACCCCUUAAAUUAAAUAUACAUAAAUGUAUUGACAGCACAGGGCAUAUCUCUAUAAAUUUUAAUCAUAAAAUGUUUAAAAAUAUUGAAAAACUAAUUUCAGAACAAGAGAUAAAUAAUACAAAUAAAAAAAACACACAAAAAAAUAAAAAGGAUUAUGACAAUACUAUAGAAGAAAAUUGUGAAUCAAAUAGGUAUAAUCAAAAUAUUAAUUCACCUAACAAAUCAAUUGAUAUGGAAGAUGAUAUGGAAGAUGAUAUGGAAGAUUAUGUUGAACAUAAUAUUGAACAUAAUAUUGAAGAUGAUAUUACAAAUGAUAUACAGAAUGAAAAAGAAGAUUAUAUAAUUAAUUUUUUAAAACAACAAAAAAUAAAAAGUAUCCUAUAUAUUAAUGAUAUUUUCGAACCCGAACAUUUAUCUAUUUUAUUUCUACUUCAUACAGGAAUAAAAGAUGAAACAAUAAAUUGCAUAGAAAAAACAUAUACAGAUGGAGUAUUUAAUGAUGAAUAUUUAAAUAAAUCUGAUUACAAUGAAUUUGGAAUAUUAAAAGGGUAUGAUAUUAUAUUAUUAAGAUAUUCAUAUGAAGUUAUAUAUUUUUAUAAAGAAAAAAAUACAUCCAUAUUCUCUGAUUAUAAUAUACAGAAUAAAGAUGACGAUCAAAAUGAACGGAAAAUGUUUUACCCUCUAAAUCAUAACAAUAAUGAAAUUGAGAAUUUAAAUAAUGAAAAUGAAAUAGAUAAUUUUCAUAAUAAUAAUAAUUUUUAUUAUGAACAAAUAUUAAAUGAUCAAAAUAAAUAUCCUAUUAUGCUUACGUGGAAACCUCAUCUAAGAUAUGUAAAUAAUUCUACACAAAUUGUACUUUUAGAUGCACUAAAUAUAUCUUCCGGUAUGGAUGGAUAUAUUGAUGAUAAAAAUUUUAAUUUUGAUGUUCUAAUAAAUGAUGAAUAUUCUUAUUUAGUUCAAUAUAAGACAAAAGUGUCUAUCUGUAGAUUAAUAUAUGCAGUCACUUCAUUGUUUCAAAAAAAAUUAAAGCCAAUGGUAUAUGUUCCCUACUGGUGGUACAAUGAAAUAGCAUUUUGUGAAAAUAACUUGGAUGAACCAGCAAAUUUUCAGUUAUAUGUUCUAAAUGAAUUAAAGAAAGAUGGCCUCUUAAAAAUAGGUUAUAGGAAAAUUCAUUCUACAAUAUUUACCAUGAAUCAUAAAGAUAUAGACUAUAUUAUAAAAUUAGCCAUGAAAUAUGACGCUAUUCUUUGUACUAAUAAUAAUGACAUAAUUGAAUAUUAUUUAGAAAUGAAUGCAAAUGCCAAAGUCUCCAAAUUUAUUUCUAAAGGAACCUUUUUUGUAUUAACCAAUUACCUAUAA